AUGAAUAAUCUAAGCCAACAAAUCAACAACAACAACAAUUUCAAUACUAACAACAAGGCCAAUCCACCAAAUUUUAAUCAAUACUCAAUUCGUCGUCCACAAAACUAUCAACACAAUAAUCAACCAAACCUCAACCAAGCAAACACCAAUAGAAACAACAAUUUCCAACAACAAAACUACAAUAGGUUCAACAAUCGCCCUAAUUAUAACAAUUUCAACAAAUUUAAUAACAAUCGAAAUAAUAAUCCACAAACACCAAACAAUGAUACCAAUCAAAACAAGAUAUCAACUUACAAUAGCUUUGAAAAAAGGACACAAUGUGAACACUGCAACAACUACAAUCACACCAGUGCUGAAUGCAAAUGGAAGUUAAUAUGCAGCCUAUGCAAUAAGAGAUAUCACACAGCCGAAACCUGCUACUCCAAAAAUCCUAGUUCCAACCAAAAAAACCAAUAA